AUGGAAGUCAGUACUCUAUUGAGUAAUUCAUCAUCACUCUAUCUCAACCCCAUUGACCUAACGUGUGAUAAUUGGACUGAAGUUGUGAGACACAGGACGUCAGUGCAGGGCUUCACUGUCGCGCGCAAAGAGAAUAAUGUCAUAAAAAGAGUGAAUGCAUUGAAUCUCAAAGAGUUUAUGUUUAUAAAGAGCAACAUUUGUUGUGAGAUCACUAUUGGAUGGUCGGACAUCAAUAAUCACCUCUUCUUGUCGACAUCGGAUUCAGCCAUAAGCCAUAAAUGUCUAAACUUGGACUCCGGAGGAAUGGCUUCAAACGUAUUCUUCUUAGCGAUGAGAACACAGCUCUGGACUCGAUAUCCGUGGAGGAAGAAUACACCUGAAAUGUCGUUGACUCCCAAACCUAUUGCACUCUUACCGAUAUUCUUGAGCGCUAUCUCCACCUCUUUGAUUGAUGGCAUCGACCCAUUGGUUGACUGUCUCGCUAUCCUUAGCGGCCAAAUAUUUGGCAUCAGAACCCGACAAGUAUCAGUCUUCAACGCAAACCAUCGAUUUUUAUGCCAUUUGUUGCCCUUUGAAUCAGUGCUAAGUCUCGUUAAAUAUCCGUUUAUAACAAUAUCGCAACCGUUUAUUUCACUCUCGCCGUUGCCGUCGCGGUUAAGGGCCGGACGAGUAGAGACCACUUCCAGACGCAGAAGUCCUGUCGGACCAGUUUUGAAGGCGAACUCCCAUUCACUUUAUUCUUGUGAUUCUUCUUAUGACACUUAUGUCCCCAAACAGUCAACUCGUCUUUACGGCCCACAUAUAGCCAAAGGGCAGACCUAUAGCUCUCCGUAUGCACAGAAGGCUCGACAGCCCUUUCGCCACAUUGACGGCACUGAUAGUGAUGUCGAUUACAAGAGUGUGUUCUCUCGUGGAUUCGACUUAAGCUUUUAUCAGGACUUUUACUCAACGAUCGCGACCUUCUCUUUCCGAUGGCUUUCCAUUCCUCACAUUUCUUCUUUCUUCUCUGAAAUCUUUGAUUUCAAAUCAAUUGAAUCGUUAUUAUUGCUAAUAGUUAUCUGUUUCGCAGAUAUAGAGUUUGGUAACUUUUUAAUGGCAUCGUUGGUCUCAUUUAUAAUAUCAGAGGUAAUGAUUGUGUGGUUAACAACUGGUGGCUCAACACUCGUUGGUUCCGAAGAUUUGUCCAAUGCUUUCUCAUUUGUAUCGUUGGAUGUCUUCUCCAAUAUAAUAGAUCCCUCGACUGUAAACGAUGUUUCGAUGUUAUCCGUCAAAACACUGGGAAAACUUCCCGAUUUCUCUAAUUUAGGUCUUUCUAUGGAUUCGCUCAGAGAGUUUGGGUCAUUAUUACCAGAAGUAGUGCUUUCGGCAAUACUGGGUGUAUUAGACCUGUUAUCUCCAGCAUCUGAACUGGACAUCACAUUCGCCUCAUUAUUGUCAUUAUUAGCGCUUUUUCUAUCAAUUUUGCUGAUCUCUUCGGACACUUCCGAAACGGUAGAUAACUCUCCGGACAUAUUUCUGCGGACAAUAAAGUCACCGCCGCUCACGUCGUCGAUCACAUCCUCGUUAUCAUCGCUCUGUAGUUCAGAUUCUACACGCUUUCGACAGACAAACUACAAGAAGGCAGUGUUGACGUCUCAACAGCUGUCGACGUAUCGGUGGAUAAGUCCUGAACAGGAGUUACAUCGCCGACGUCUUCGGAGUCAAAGUCCUCGAUAUUAUGUUCAGUGCUGUUAUGUGUCGAUACCGUUGACUCUGGAGAUACCGUUCGUUCCUUCGGAAUUGUUGGCUUUGUUUUCAACACUCGGGGGAGAACUGAAUCGACUGCCAGAUGAGGCCGUUUCGAAAGAUGUCUGUCCGGAAGCCUUAUCCUUAUCUAUUUGA